CCAGGCUGGGCUGGGCUGGGCAGCCACAGCACCGAGCACGUAGUGUCCCAGCUCCCCAGGAUGUCCCAGCACACACAGCCCGCAGAGAGGGACGGCACUCCCGGGACGCUGAGCGGGUAACUUGUGACUUUUGGCUACCCCUUUGGCUGUGCUUUCUCUCACCAUCACUAUGCGGCUGGCAGGCCUGAUUCGAUACUUGUCCGUGUUCUUCACACUGCUGGGCACAUGGUUCAUCCUGCAGACAUACUUCGAUCAGAGCUGGAAAGCCAUCAGCCUGAGGAGCUGGAUUGGUGCCAUGGACAAGCCCAGCAGCAAGCAGCUGCCCCAGCACAAGUGUGGGAACCAUAGGAGCUGCCCCCAGAACCAUUUUGCCUUCAAGAUCAUCAGUGGCGCUGCAAACGUGGUGGGACCCUCCAUCUGCUUCGAUGACAUGGUCCUCAUGAGCAGUGUGAAAAACAACAUUGGCAGAGGCUUGAACAUCGCUUUGGUGAAUGGGACCAAUGGGCAGCUCCUGACGACUGACACGUUCGACAUGUACUCUGGAGACAUUAACAAACUGGACACUUUCCUCCAAGAGAUCAAGCAUGGCACCAUCGUGCUGACGGCAAGCUAUGAUGACCCUGCCACAAAGAUGAAUGACAAGGUGCGGGCACAUUUUAUUGAGCUGGGCAGCAGCUACGUGAGCAAGCUGGGCUUCAGGGACAACUGGGUCUUCUUGGGAGCAAAAGGGUUGAAGAACAAGAGCCCCUUUGAAGAGUACAUCAAAAACAACAAGACAACAAAUAAAUACGAUGGCUGGCCUGAGCUGCUGGAGAUGGAGGGCUGUGCGCCCAGGAAGAUGGAUUAGCAUCAAGCCCCAGCCUGCCAUGAAGGGCAGUUUCCACCAGUCUCACAGAGACACCAGCCCCAUCGUGGGGUCUCCAACCCCCUCACACCACCCCCAGCUCCCCAACUGCUUGGUCACAGAGCCCAACAGCAGCUCUCAGAAACCAGCCCCAUGUGUAGGGCUCAAAAGAGCUGUACAAGUGCUUUCAGAGCCUGAGGCUUCAGCCAACCUGUCCUCAUCUAUGGGUCAAUUCAGGGUUGGUUUU